CAAUCGUUGCUGUCGUUUUGUUCGAUAGGAACAAGAAGACAUGAUUUUGAAGAUGAAAAAAUUCUUGUUUGGCUUCAGAUCCAGCGGGAGAGCAACCGUCAUAGCUAUUUUGGUUCUUGUUCUAAUCGUCAACUUCCAUGCAAAGUUUGGAUUGGAGACUUUGAAUACUCCCGAGGACUUUGCAACCAUCACCAAGAAGAUCAAUACCAAGGUUAUGCUCAAGAAGUAUAAUGAUAUAGAUGCCUACAGAGUUAAAGAGGUUUACCAACGGGGAGAUUUGAGAUCAAGAUUAGCUCAGGCAUUCCCUUAUACCAAAAGCCCUGAGCCUCUACAGAAGAAUAUCUGGCAGCUUUGGAAGACAAAGAUUUUUGAAGAACUGGAGGAGAAACUGCAAGAGUACGUCCAAACUUUCAAAGACCAGGAAGCACCUGAAAAGGGCUCUUUCAAUUACACAUUGUUUGCCAACUCAGAACAGAGUGACAUGGUGAAAGAUAUGUUUGCAGAAGUACCAGAAGUGUGGCAAGCUUAUGAGAAACUGCCUAAGAUUAUCUUGCAGGCAGAUUUUAUGAGAUACCUUGUCAUAUACGCAAGAGGUGGUAUGUACUCUGACGUUGAUACCUCCUUAACGUUGGAUGCACAAGAUUGGCUAACGUACAAAAACCCAAUAUAUGACAGGGAAAACCAAAUUGGAUGUGUUGUUGGAGUGGAAUCAGAUUCUGAUGACUUGGAUUGGCAAAGAAAUUGGACACCUCGUCGCUUACAAUUUUGCCAAUGGACGUUACAAGCGAAAAGAGGACAUCCAGUCUAUAGAGAUUUGAUUGCAAGAAUCACAGAAACCACGUUGAACAACUACGACGAAGAAUCCGGGAAUUUGACUAUUGGCGAAAAGACUUAUAAUAUUAACAACGACUCGCCAUCGAGAUUCUCUGCGAUAUUGGAGUGGACUGGACCAGCCGUCUUCACAGAUACUGUUUUCAAUUAUAUGAAUGAGGUCUACAAGUGGAGCGAGCAGCUUUACGGAAUGGACUUCUACAAUGAAGGAAUGGUUGAUCCAAAUAGACCUUUACAUCUACAGGAUAAGAUAAGAUACCACAUGCUAAGGGAGAGCACACAUAAUGAAUAUGACCCAAUAGCUUCACCUUUGGGCUGGCAGAACUUCACAUACCUAGAAGAGCCUGUCUUGUUCGACGACGAUUUGUUGAUCCUACCUGUAAGGUUCUUCCGUGGUAAAAAAGGCGAGAGGGAUGAUUAUACCCACCAUCACUUCAAGGGAACAUGGAAGAACGAUUGAUAUGUAAUAACAAUUAAAAUGCAUUUAUAAGAAGUGAAUAACAGUAUGAGAUACUACCUCAUAAAUCCUACAUUAUAUAAGCCCGUUUUCAAUUGAAGUUAAAGAUCCCACCAAACUCUUGAGAUAGUGUCAUAUAAAACACGGUCACUAUCUUGGAAGCUUUUGAUAAAUGAAUGGUACUUUUCAUCCUUUUGAGCACCGAUAAUAUUAUAGGCACACAUUGCAGUACCACCGCAUAACCCAGCCUUUUGCGAGAUGAAUUCAGCAACUUCACCCAAAUCGUUUUGCUUGUCCAGCUCUUGCGGUUUAGGUACAAUGAUGUCGAUGAGAUUUGUUCUAGCACGUAGGAAUUGAUUCUUAUUUUUGAAAGAGCUGUAGAACUUUUUAGAAGUCUCCUCU